UCUGUAAAAAAAAAGCUAUUCAUAUGUACCAUCCGCCUUAUUUGGGAUGCAGUUCCUCCUCCUGCUUCUUCUGACCUCAUCUGCGUAUUCAAAUGAAGGGAAGAAGGGGCUUCAGAGGAACCUCUACGUAACGGACAAUUAUCACCAGAAUGUGGUGUCUAUACGAACGCGCAAACACAUUCGCCAUUGGGGUGAUAACCACUUCUGUGCCGGCUCUCUGCUCUCCGCCUGGUGGGUCGUCACCUCCGGCUGUUGUGUGAGCACCAGGCCGGAGAGCACCCCAAACCAGCCGAGUAAUCGCAAGAAUCUAAGGGUUGUCGUCUUCACGCCCAAGCGAUUGAAAAAGCCAUCUCCCAAGAACAUAUACCACGUGCAGAAGAUUGUGUUGGACGAGUCCGCCAUAAGUGGGUGCACAGAAUUGGCUCUGCUGAAGCUGGAUCGCGGCGUUACUGGCCAAAGGUUUGCCAUGAUGCUGCCGGAAAAGGAGUUGAAUAGCACUUGGCUUUGCAACUCUCUCGGAUGGGGCAGGAUUUACUACGUAAGUUAUGUAUAUAUAUCUGCGAUGUGCCCCGCAUUCAGCAUGGUGUAUGAUAACCCAGUUACUUGGUUCCAGGACGGACCCUACUCAAGCGAGCUUAUUCAAAUCAGAGCUCAAAAGAUUUCGGAGUAUGAGUGCAAGCCUGACUGCAGCAGAUGCCUGUGCAUGACUAGCUAUACGGGCAGGGGCAAUAUGUGCCAGCAGGACUUGGGCAGUCCACUCUUUUGCGAUCACUUCCUGUACGGCGUGGCGCGUCGGGUGCACACCUGCGAUGAUGAGGGCUUCAUGUUUUACACCAAUAUCUAUCAAAACCGCAAAUUUAUCGAGGACACCUUGAGUGGCGCAACCUGGCCAAAAAGAGUCCUAUGUUUUCGUCUACUUCUACUUCUACUGGUGUUAGCGUCGCUUUCGGUAGUUUCAUCUGAUUGAAUAUGAUAUUUCAAACAGGAAAGCACAGGAUACAU